UCAGCUCGGCACACACAGGACGCAGCAACAUCAGCAGCCUCGUCUUAGAGGUCUAUUGUUCCCUGUUUUCAUUACGGACAGACCUCGUUGUCCCUCGCUGACCUAGCCACCACAGAGAGAGAGAGAGAGCGAGAGAGAGCGAGAGAGAGCGAGAGAGAGCGAGAGAGAGAGAGAGAGAGAGAGAGAGAGAGAGAGAGAGAGAGAGAGAGAGAGAGGAGGAGAACCCUUCAUUCACCCAGGAUUACUUCUUCUUAGAGGAACGGACGGAACAACCCUUGUGUGAGAAAGGGACAAAAGCAAAGGGAGCAGAGUACACUUCUCCGCUGUGUCUGCCCGCCUCCUCAGCGUGUUUUUCUGUCUCCGUUGUGUUGCCUUCUCCACUCUUUUUCUAUUUGGUUUUCUGUUAUUGUGUGGAUACUAUCCACACGGUCCCCCUGCAAGAGCCAUGGGGUUGCCCGGUGGAGUGAAGGGGAUGCUGGGUGUGUGGAGGGAGUUACUUCCCUCUCACUGGAGGCUGGUGCUGAUCCUCUUCUGGAUCUCUGGAGCCACAGAGGCACAAACUGCAGCCGACACCAAACCAACUGUCUACGUCUGGCAAACAGGUCCAUGGGGCCGGUGUAUGGGCAGCGAGUGUGGCCCAGGGGGCAGCCAGAGCCGGGCAGUGUGGUGCGCCCACUCUGAAGGCUGGACCACCCUUCACACCAACUGUGACCAGGCAGAGCGCCCGGAGAACCAGCAGAGCUGCUUCCACGUGUGUGACUGGCACAAAGACCUGUAUGACUGGCAGCUGGGUGCCUGGAACCAGUGUGUGCCCGUGUCCAUGCGAAGCACUGGGGCGCUCCAGCGGCCAGCCGUAUGUACCCGCGGCGAGGAGGGCAUCCAGACACGCGAGGUGGGCUGCGUCCAGAAAGCAGAUGGCGUGCCUGCGGAGGAUGCAGCGAUUUGUGAAUAUUUUGAGCCCAAGCCCAGGCUGGAGCAGGCCUGUCUGAUCCCAUGCCCGCGGGACUGUGUGGUCUCCCAGUUCACCCCAUGGACUUCCUGUUCGAAAACGUGCGGCAUGGGUCUUCAGAAUCGUGUCCGUUUUGUCCUGGCGCCGCCUCUGUUCGGGGGCUCGGCCUGCCCUAACCUGACAGAGUUCCAGACAUGUCAGCCAGGUCCCUGCGUGGGCCCAGAGAGCCUCUAUAGUCUGAGGGUGGGGUCCUGGGGUCCCUGCUCUGUACCCCUCCCUCGCACGGCUAGGCAGGCUCCCACCUUUACUCACGGUAAAGAUGUGGCUCUCCCUCGCCGGCUUCGGAAGAGCAGAGAGGGUAAAGAGGGUAAAGAGGGCAGCGAGGUGUCCACCCCACGCCAGCCUCGACUGAGCAAAGAAGAAAGGAUGAAAAGAAAGGAGGAAAGAAAGGAGGGGAGAAAAGGAAGACAGGCAGCCAAAGAAGGACGCAGGAAGAACAAGGAAAGAGUCAAGGAGAGGGUGAGGGAGCGAGUGAGGGCGAAGGGGAGGGUGAAAGACCCAGAGACCAAAGAGCUGAUAAAAAAUAAGAGGAACAGGAACAGACAGAACCGACAGGGAGGGAAGUUCUGGGACCUGCAGGUUGGAUACCAGACCCGGGAGGUGACCUGUGUUCACAGGAGCGGAAACACUGAAGCACUAAGCCUGUGUUCUCGGGAGUCCCUACCAGUGACCUACCAGGCCUGCGUCCUGGCCAAGAACUGUGAGGUGAGCGACUGGACCGACUGGUCGCCUUGCUCCAAGGACUGCUACGAGCUCAACGGGCCCACGGGUGAGCGCACACGCACACGCCGGGUACAGCAGUUCCCUGUGGGAGAAGGGGAGGAGUGCCCCGAACUGGAGGAGAAAGAACCCUGCACCCCUCAGGGAGAAGGGGGACCCCCCUGUAUUGCGUACAACUGGAAGACAACGGAGUGGACCGAGUGCAGGGUGGAUAUGUUGCUAAGCCAACAGGACCGUCGUCGUGGUAACCUAACUGGGCUGUGCGGGGGCGGAGUUCAGAACCAUGAGGUGUACUGUGUCCAGGCAAACAGCGCCGACCCUGCCUCAAGCUCUCUCAAUAGCAAAGAAGCCUCCAGGCCCGUUGAUGGUGACCUGUGCCUCAGCCCGCCCCCCAACACCACCCAGCCGUGCCACAUCCCCUGUCCUGUGGAGUGUGACGUGUCCUCCUGGGGUGCCUGGGGACCCUGCACCUUUGAAAACUGCCUGGACACAGCUGCCAAGAAAGGGUUCAAACUGAGGAAGAGGAGGAUCGUCAACGAGCCCACGGGAGGAACAGGAAGCUGCCCUCACCUGGUGGAGGCCAUACCCUGUGACGAGCCCAGCUGCUAUGAUUGGCUGCUGGUGAAGCUGGAUGAGUGUAUUCCGGACAACGAGAGAGAAUGUGGACCAGGCACCCAGAUUCCACAAGUCCAGUGUGUCAACGGGGAUGGUGAGUAUGUGGACCGCCAGUUAUGCCGUGAUGCCAUCCUUCCCAUGCCCGUCAUCUGUGAGGUGCCUUGCCCCAAGGACUGUGUCCUCAGUCCCUGGACCACCUGGUCCCUGUGUUCACACACCUGCUCCGGGAAGAACACAGAGGGAAGGCAGAUGAGAGCCCGCUCAGUACUGGCCUACAGCGCUGGGGAAGGCGGGGUCCAGUGCCCCAACAGCAGUGCUCUCCAGGAGGUGCGGAGCUGCAACGACCACCCUUGUACUGUGUACCACUGGCAGACAGGGCCCUGGGGACAGUGUAUCGAGGACACCUCGGUCCCCUCUGCCAACUCCACAGGGGCUCGGGCCGGAGUUGGGGGAGGGGACUCCUCGUGCUCUGUGGGGAUGCAGACACGGAAGGUCAUCUGUGUACGGGUCAAUGUGGGACAGGUGCCACCCAAAAAGUGUCCGGAGAGUAUUCGUCCUGAGACAGUCAGGCCUUGCCUCCUGCCAUGUAAAAGAGACUGCAGCGUCACCCCCUACAGCGACUGGAGCGCCUGCCCUGCCAUAUGCAAAGCAGGCGGCAACACGAAAAUGAAACAGAACAGGAAACGCAUCAUCAUCCAGCUGCCGGCCAAUGGGGGACAGGACUGUCCGGAGGUGUUGGCCCAGGAGAGAGACUGUGAGGUGCCGUCUGUCUGUCUGGGAUACAGGUGGAAGACACACAAGUGGCGGCGAUGCCAGUUGGUUCCGUGGUCCGUGCGUCAGGACAGUCCUGGAGCUGUGGAGACCUGUGGGCCUGGGCUGCAGGCUAGAGCUGUCUCAUGCCGGAAGCAAGACGGGGGUCAAGCGGACAUGGGAGCAUGUCUGAAGUUUGCCAGCUCCAUGCCCUCUCUAACCCAGCCCUGCCAGCUCCCAUGCCAGGACGACUGCCAGCUAACCACCUGGUCUAAGUUCUCUUCCUGUACACAGGACUGUGUGGGCGUCAAGACCCGCAAGAGGAUUCUAGUGGGAAAAAGCAAAAAGCAAGACCAGUGUAAGAACACCCAGGUAUACCCCCUCAGUGAGAUCCAGUACUGCCCCUGUAACAAGUACAACGCCCAGCCCAUGGGGAACUGGUCGGACUGCAUCCUGCCUGAGGGUGGGCGUGUGGAGGGCCAGCCGGGCAUGAAGAUCCAGGGGGACAUCAAGGAGUGUGGCCAGGGCUACCGCUACCAGGCCAUGGUGUGUUACGACCAGGACAACAGACUGGUGGAGACGUCACGGUGCAACAGCCACGGUUAUAUUGAGGAGGCUUGCAUCAUCCCCUGUCCGUCUGACUGCAAGCUCAGUGAGUGGUCAAACUGGUCACGAUGCAGCAAGUCCUGCGGCAGUGGGGUCAAAGUGCGUUCCAAGUGGCUGAGGGAGAAGCCUUACAACGGUGGUCGACCGUGCCCCAAACUGGACCAUGUCAACCAGGCUCAGGUGUAUGAGGUGGUGCCCUGUCUCAGUGACUGUGGUCAGUAUGUGUGGGUGGCUGAACCCUGGAGUGUCUGGAAGGUCAGCAACGUGGACCUGAAGGAGAACUGUGGAGAAGGAGUGCAGACCAGAAAGGUCAGGUGUAUGCAGAACACUAUCAAUGGGCCGUCGGACCCUGUGGAGGAUUACCUGUGUGACCCAGAGGAGAUGCCUCUAGGGGCCAGGGACCGCCAGCUGCCCUGCCCUGAGGACUGUGUCCUGUCUGACUGGGGGGCCUGGAGCAGCUGCUCACUGCCAUGCAACAAACUCAGCACUCGGGAUAGGACAGCAUACCCCGUUCGUCAACCUGGAGAGGGAAAGCUGUGCCCCAACACCACAGAGACCGAGCCCUGCAGCCUCAACAGCAACUGCUAUCACUACUCCUAUAACAUCACCGAUUGGAGCACCUGUCAGCUGAGUGAGAGAGCUGUGUGUGGUAGUGGCAUGAAGACACGCAUGCUGGACUGUGUACGAAGCGACGGCAAGUCUGUCGACCUCCAGUUCUGUGAAGAGCUGGGGCUGGACAGGAAGUGGCAGAUGAACGCGUCCUGUGUUGUGGAGUGUCCCAUCAACUGCCAGCUAUCUGAUUGGUCACCCUGGUCCGAGUGCACACAAACCUGUGGACUAGCAGGAAAGCUGUGGCGCAGGAGAACCGUGCUCCAGGUGCCCCAGGGUGAUGGGCGAUCCUGCCCCCCUCAGAGGGAACAGUGGAAGCCUUGCCCCGUCAGACCCUGCUACCAAUGGAGAUACAGCUCCUGGUCCGAAUGCAAGUCUGAGGGUGCAAGGUGCGGAGAGGGGCUGCGGUUCCGUAACGUGUCCUGCUUUGUGUCGGACGGGUCUGGCCAGGGAGAGGGCAGUCUGGUGGAUGAUGAGCUGUGUGGAAACCUUGAGCCCUCGGUAGACGGCGACAAACAGAUCACCCUGGAAGAACCCUGCACCUCGCCCUGUCCAGGUGACUGCUACCUGACUGACUGGACAUUGUGGAGCCCGUGUCAGCUGAGCUGUGUCAGUGGAGAUGACCUGGGUUUCGGCUCAGUGCAGGUCAGAUCCAGAGCCGUGCUGGCCCAGGAGCCAGAGAACCUACUGCAGUGUCCAGAACAGGAGUGGGAGGCCCGGCCCUGCACUGAGGGCCAGUGUUAUGAGUACAAGUGGAUGACAGGAGUGUGGAGGAGCUCCUCUCGACUGGUCUGGUGUCAGAGAUCUGAUGGAUUAAAUGUCACAGGUGGCUGCCCUAUGACAGCCCAGCCCUUGGCAGACCGAUCAUGUGAUCCAGCCUGCAACAAACCGCGCUCCUUCUGCACAGAGGCGGGUGUGUGUGGUUGUGAUGAGGGCUACACGGAGGUGAUGACAUCAGACGGCCUGCUGGACCAGUGUACGGUGAUCCCUGUGUUAGAGAUCCCCACGGCAGGGGACAACAGGGCUGACGUGAAGACCAUCAGGGCGGUCAGCCCCACACAGCCCUCCAACAGCCUGCCUGGCCGAGCUGGACGCACCUGGUUCCUACAGCCCUUCGGACCAGAUGGUAAACUGAAGACAUGGGUCUACGGUGUGGCAGCUGGAGCUUUUGUUCUACUCGUCUUUAUAGUCUCCAUGACCUUCCUAGCCUGUAAAAAGCCAAAGAAACCCCAGAGAAGACAGAUGUAUAACAACCGGCUCAAGCCCCUGACCCUGGCCUAUGACGGAGACGCUGACAUGUGAACCUCCUAAUCUACCUGUGGCCGAAUCAUUUUACACUGACGUCGUGGAGACUGUCGUCGUGGGAACAGACAGAUUGGUUGUCAUGGAGACCCACCUUUGAAGGUUCUUCUCAGGCUACCAGUGGGCGUGGCUUAAAAUAUCUGGAACUCUGGGAAGACUUACAUUAUGUCACUGAUUUAUCAAUAACAACACAAAAAAAUGAAAGUCAGACAGAAAUCGAACCAUGUUUGUUCAUUAGUAGCCUAGAAUUUUCCUCCCUCAAUAUUUUUGAUUUAUUUAAUUUUUGUAUAAUUUGUUUCACAAGAGCCUUCACAAACUCUAUCUUCUUCUUAAGGAAGUCUGCCUUUGCUUAUUUGCCAUUUAGUACUUUUUCUGUCAAGUCAAAAACCUUUUGAAACAAAGGUUGUUGGAGAGGGCCCUGAAAAAACACAAUGAUUUUUGCUGCAAAAGCAUAAGUCCCUCCUUUGCUACAGGUGCUCUGUUGAAAAUGAAAUGAGAAACACGCAAUGCUUUUUAAAACUUUUCCUGGAGAAAAUUGCUGCCUCUCUAUUUUUGUUCUGGACUGGAUCCUUUUCCCUAAAAAAUAAGACAAGAAGAAAGUGUCCUAAUCUUGCAGAAAGGCUGUCAACCUUUGUAGGAAAUCUCUUUCUGCCUCUCCUUUUCUCUUCUGUUUUCAGGCGCAAUAUUGCACUAUAUUAGUGCAGCAUGAUAUGUACUUAUGUCUAGGAAGCUGCCUCUCUCAAUACAAGAUGAUGUACAGUCUUGUGCUAGAAAUGUCAAAAAGUAGACUUUUUUUCAAAAACAAAAACUCACCAACAUUUGUUAAGAAUACUUUGCUUAUUUUGCUUAUUGUAUGUGAUAUGAUGAUAGGACGGACGAUGCCAUGUAAAUAUUAUUUAUUUUGUGGGCACCACUUUACCUUUGUAGUAGUAUCUGUUUUCAACUGCACUUAAUUGAGCUUGCCUGGCGCAAUGGAGCCAUUGGAAUAGUCCCAAAAGUGCAAACCCCGCCCAUCUGACACUCCAGGCCAGGCUCAAUUAAAUGCUCAAAAUAUUGGAAAGAAAACAAAUACCGUUUGAACCCAGGUCUCAACAUGUCUCAUUUCUCUGCCUGCCUUUAUGUUUGUCUCCUGUUGGUUUCUCUGACUGUUGAAGGCUUAUUAUGGUGAAUCAUUGUUUUUCCAUUUCAUUUAUUAUCUUAAUUCAACAUCUUAAAGUGCACUGCAGGGAAUCCGGAUUCCGCAUGGCAGAAAAAUCUUAUUGCUCACACCAUAAAGAAGCUAAUUCAAAGAGCUGUUCAAUGUUCAUCGAGACACAGCAGCAAUUCUAUUUGAUGACGCUAUUGAAAGGGUGCAUUUUCACAGUGCAAGAGCAAUAUGAUUCCUUUUUCCUACUGCGAGUUUGAAUGAAUAUGGUCUUAGUUGUUACGACAGACAGAAGGGUGUGACUGGGUUUGAAUGAAUAUGGUCUUAGUUGUUACGACAGACAGAAGGGUGUGACUGGGUUUGAAUCAAUAUGGUCUUAGUUGUUACGACAGACAGAAGGGUGUGACUGGGUUUGAAUGAAUAUGGUCUUAGUUGUUACGACAGACAGAAGGGUGUGACUGGGUUUGAAUGAAUAUGGUCUUAGUUGUUACGACAGACAGAAGGGUGUGACUGGGUUUGAAUGAAUAUGGUCUUAGUUGUUACGACAGACAGAAGGGUGUGACUGGGUUUGAAUCAAUAUGGUCUUAGUUGUUACGACAGACAGAAGGGUGUGACUGGGUUUGAAUGAAUAUGGUCUUAGUUGUUACGACAGACAGAAGGGUGUGACUGGGUUUGAAUCAAUAUGGUCUUAGUUGUUACGACAGACAGAAGGGUAUGACUGGGUUUGAAUUAAUAUGGUCUUAGUUGUUACGACAGACAGAAGGGUGUGACUGGGUUUGAAUCAAUAUGGUCUUAGUUGUUACGACAGACAGAAGGGUGUGACUGGGUUUGAAUCAAUAUGGUCUUAGUUGUUACGACAGACAGAAGGGUGUGACUGGGUUUGAAUGAAUAUGGUCUUAGUUGUUACGACAGACAGAAGGGUGUGACUGGGUUUGAAUGAAUAUGGUCUUAGUUGUUACGACAGACAGAAGGGUGUGACUGGGUUUGAAUGAAUAUGGUCUUAGUUGUUACGACAGACAGAAGGGUGUGACUGGGUUUGAAUCAAUAUGGUCUUAGUUGUUACGACAGACAGAAGGGUGUGACUGGGUUUGAAUGAAUAUGGUCUUAGGUGUUACGACAGACAGAAGGGUGUGACUGGGUUUGAAUGAAUAUGGUCUUAGUUGUUACGACAGACAGAAGGGUGUGACUGGGUUUGAAUGAAUAUGGUCUUAGUUGUUACGACAGACAGAAGGGUGUAACUGGGUUUGAAUGAAUAUGGUCUUAGUUGUUACGACAGACAGAAGGGUGUAACUGGGUUUGAAUGAAUAUGGUCUUAGUUGUUACGACAGACAGAAGGGUGUGACUGGGUUUGUUCACAACGUCUUCUUUACCUUCUGUUACGUCAGAAGAGAGAGGGUCCACUUUAUAUCUCGGUCUAAUAUCUACUGCUGUGUAACAUCGUCAAUCCUAACUAGAACAGCCUACUUGUAUCCAAACUACUUCGGCGUAUUGCUAUAUACAUAUCAUACGUGAUCUCUCAACGCUGUUCAUAUUCAGUGUGGCUGUUACAUCGGUUGAGAGAUGAGUGUGACUACAAUGUCUACAAUAAUCACUCACACAAACUUAUGCUUUGUUCGUUCUCCCUGCCUCGGUGCUAUUCUAUGAUGGGUUAUGUAUUGCAAAAGCUAGAUAGAAUGUAGCCUAGGUAGCCACAAUGAUACUCCAAGGAAUUCCAAGGAACAGGUGCAUCAAGGUCCUAGACGUCGCUCAAGCUUCUCAUGCUAAUGCUGCAAUGACAUAUCUGAAGAGUCAGAGUCCUCUGUCCGAAAACAGGUUAUGUGCAUCAUAUUGGCUAUGGCGGACUGGCAGUUGGUAGUGCAGACUGUUUAUUCAAUGUUGUAGAUGGACAAACCUCAUGUAAAGUAAAUGAAUCUGUUACAACCGUUCUAUCCCCCAGAAAACAAAGAGGGUAUUGAAUCGUGGUAGUAGAGACAGACGGACAGACACAUCAUUGAUAAUUUCGAGGAGUCUGUUGCCAGCUGGUCAAAGGGAAUGUUCACUUUUUUUUAAAUGAUUUGUAAAUAAAUGACUGCAUCAUUUUUUUAAUUUAAUCAUGAUUUAUGUAUUAUAUAUAAAUAUGUUCAUUUCUUUUUAUUGCGCAGUGUUAAGUAAAAACCUCUAGAAGUGUGUGUGUGCGCGUGCGUGCGUGCGUGCUUGCGUGCGUGUGUGUGUGUGUGUGUGUGCAUGUGUGUUUCUGCCUAUGUGUAUGUAACGUUAAUGAUCUUUGCUAAAGCGAUACUGAUGAUUACCUUGUUAAAACAAAGUUGCAGAGCUCUGUCCUUUUCCUACAGGUUGUUUAUAUGUAUCUGACCAGUUGCUGAUAAUAAAUAAGA